AUGUCGGGAGGUGCUAGUGACAAUGUCCUAUCCCUCACUACCGACGAGUUGAAAGAGAAGAUUGCCGAGGAAGUCGGAAGGGCAAUUGAAGUUAGCCUACCAAGAUUUGUGGAAAGGAUGCAAAACACCUUACUUUCGACUAUGGAGGAAAAGAUUGGUGAAUUCAGAGAAGACCUUACCAAUGAUAGAGGCAAGGCUAAAGAAAAGAAAGGUUGUUCUUACAACAAGUUUAUGGCGUGUAAACCCCCGAUCUUCAAUGGAGAGGUAGAUCCAAUUGCUUGUCAAAGGUGGAUAAGCGACAUCGAGGGUGUUUUCGAACGAACGCAUUGUGAUGAAAGUGAUUUCGUGGCUUAUGGAACUGGCCAACUUAGAGGCCAAGCCAAGGAUUGGUGGGACAACCUCAGAAACGAAAGGGGUGUUGAAGCAAUAAGGGCAAUGACUUGGGAAGAUUUCAAAACACCAUUCCUCAAACAUCAUAGCCCCAAGGCAGUAAUAAAUAAGAUAAAGGAGGAAUUCAUGCAAUUGAGGCAAAAGGGUGAAACCGUUGAUAAAAUUACGGGGAUGUUCAUGGAUAAGCUCAAGUUUUGUGAUGACUUGGUCAAAACUGAAGAACAGAAAAUCUAUUACUAUCACACCAUGCUUAGGGCUGAAUAUAGGGAGUUCAUGACUCCCUCACAUUAUGAAAACCUCACCGAUAUAAUCAACGCGGCGCGGGAACGUGAGAUUGAACUAAAAAGGCAAGUUGAAAGAGGUGAGAGAAGGGCCUUGGAUGAAAACCCGAGUCCUGCAAAGAAGCCAAAGGUAGCUGAAUCUUCGAAGAAAGUAAGUGCAAAAGGAGGUUCUCCGAGUUGCAAAACAUGUGGACGCACUCAUAAAGGUGAAUGUUACUUCAAGAACAAACCUUGCGUUGCAUGUGGCAAGAUAGGGCAUGGGGUUGCAAAUUGCCCAGACAAAGUAAUGGUGUGCUAUAAAUGUUACCAACCGAGUCAUAAAAAGUCAGAAUGUCCGGAAUUGAAGGGAAAGAAAGAGAGUGCCGACUCUAGGGAUGAAACCCCAAAAGCUAAGGCAAGGUCGUUCCAGAUCACUGCUGCUGAAGCAAAAAUGGAACCCGACGUGGUUACAGGUAUAUUUACUGUAAAUUCAAUCCUUGCACGUGUUUUAUUUGAUACGGGUGCGAAUAAGUCUUUUGUUUCACAUAGAUUCAUUCAAAACCCCUUGUUUACAUUAACGAAAUUACCUAUGCCAAUGGAAGUAGAAGUAGGUAAUAACAAAAAUUUCAUUGUUUGUGAUGUAUGUCGGGAAUGCAAAUUGAAUAUCGAUGGCGAGGAAUACUCCAUUGAUUUAAUACCCAUGUCCAUGGGUGAAUUUCAAGUGGUCGUCGGAAUGGAUUGGCUAUCCCGCUACCAUGCUAAGGUGAUAUGCCUACGUAAGGAGAUACACCUAACGUCUCCGAGCGGAAGGCGUGUCAUCAUCUAUGGGAAGAAGGCUUGUAAUCCCAUGAUAUGCUCGAUGGUAGAAGCCCGCAAGUUUAUACUACACGGGUGUAAGGCAUAUUUAACUUACGUACGUGAUGUGGAAAAAGAAACGCCAAGGAUUGAAGACGUACCUGUGGUGCGUGAAUUCGAAGACGUCUUUCCCGAGGAUCUUCCGGGAAUGCCACCAGAGCUCGAAAUAGAGUUCAGGAUUGAACUGACUCCGGGUGCUAAACCAGUUGCUAAGGCACCUUAUAGAUUGGCACCGUCGGAACUGCAAGAAUUAAUGUCCCAGUUACAAGAUUUACUUGAAAAGGGAUUCAUCCGGCCUAACGUGUCUCCCUGGGGAGCCCUAUUGGUAGUAACUUCAGGCUUGCUUGAGCGAAUCCGAGAAGCCCAAACCGAAGCGGUAAGGGAAGAAAACUGGAAGAAAGAACGUAUAAAAGGGAUGGUAAAAGACCUUACGGAAGGAAGUAAUGGGAUGAAAUACCGGAAUGAUAGGAUUUGGGUCCCAAACACAUGUGGUGUUAAGAGUCUCCUGCUUGACGAGGCUCAUAAGUCUCGCUAUUCGAUCCAUCCCGGGGCGACUAAGAUGUAUAGAGAUUUGAAGCAAAACUAUUGGUGGCCGGGGAUGAAAAGGGAUGUGGUUAAAUAUGUGGAGAAGUGUUUGACUUGUUUACAAGUCAAAGCAGAGCAUCAAAAACCAUACGGUAAGUUGCAACCAUUAGACAUUCCAGUUUGGAAGUGGGAACAAAUUACAAUGGACCUGCUAACCAAACUGCCCAGAACCAGCCGUGGUUUUGAUGCUAUAUGGGUAGUCGUGGAUAGAUUGACAAAGAGCGCUCACUUUCUUCCAAUCCGUGAGACUUAUACGUCUGAAAAGAUGUCGGAAGUAUACACCAAUGAAAUCGUGGCACGCCAUGGGGUGCCGAUAUCCAUUGUGUCCGACAGGGAUACUCGGUUUACCUCGGACUUUUGGCGUAGAUUCCAGGAGCAAAUGUGA